GGAGCAGCCCGGGGCGGCGCGUGGGCUCCGUUCCUCCGGCGCGGCGUGGGCGAGGGGAGCUGCGCUCCGAGCGCACCCAGGCACCCGACGCCGCCCGGGUCUGUGCCGCUGCUAGUGCCAGGCGGGCGACGAGCGGCGGUGAUGAAGAUAAAAUUGAACAUUUACAACAUGCAGUUGCUGCUUUUUGUUUUCUUGGUGUGGGACCCUGCCAGGUUGGUGCUGGCUAACAUCCAAGAAGAUGAGGCUAAAAAUAACAUUACCAUCUUUACAAGAAUUCUUGACAGACUUCUGGAUGGUUACGAUAAUCGGCUUAGACCAGGACUGGGAGACAGUAUUACUGAAGUCUUCACUAACAUCUACGUGACCAGUUUUGGCCCUGUCUCAGAUACAGAUAUGGAAUAUACAAUUGAUGUUUUCUUUCGACAAAAAUGGAAAGAUGAACGUUUAAAAUUUAAAGGUCCUAUGAACAUCCUUCGGCUAAACAAUUUAAUGGCUAGCAAAAUCUGGACUCCAGAUACCUUUUUUCACAACGGGAAAAAAUCAGUAGCUCAUAAUAUGACAAUGCCAAAUAAGUUACUUCGAAUUCAGGAUGAUGGGACUCUGCUGUAUACAAUGAGGCUUACAGUUCAAGCUGAAUGCCCAAUGCACUUGGAGGAUUUCCCAAUGGAUGCUCAUUCAUGUCCUCUGAAAUUUGGCAGUUAUGCAUAUACAACUUCAGAGGUCACUUAUAUUUGGACUUACAAUGCAUCUGAUUCAGUACAGGUUGCUCCUGAUGGCUCUAGGUUAAAUCAAUAUGAUCUGCUGGGCCAAUCAAUUGGAAAGGAGACAAUUAAAUCUAGUACAGGUGAAUACACUGUAAUGACAGCUCAUUUCCACUUGAAAAGAAAAAUUGGGUAUUUUGUGAUUCAGACAUAUCUGCCUUGCAUCAUGACUGUCAUUCUCUCCCAAGUUUCAUUCUGGCUUAACAGAGAAUCUGUGCCUGCAAGAACUGUGUUUGGAGUAACAACUGUCCUAACAAUGACAACUCUAAGCAUCAGUGCUCGGAAUUCUCUCCCCAAAGUGGCUUAUGCGACUGCCAUGGACUGGUUUAUUGCUGUUUGUUAUGCAUUUGUGUUCUCUGCCCUAAUUGAAUUUGCAACUGUUAAUUACUUCACCAAAAGAGGAUGGGCUUGGGAUGGGAAGAGUGUAGUAAAUGACAAGGUAAGUGAGAGCUUCCGUGUUAUCAUUAUUAAGAAAAUACCCUAAUGAAUUCAGCUUGUAACAGAUAUGUUUCUAAAAAUUGACAUUAAAGACAUCCAUAUAUCUAUGAAUUUAAAUCACAUCAAUUUCUUUUAAAGUGUUCUCGCCUGAAAUCCUUUAGGAGCGCUUGUAGUAGUAAUACUUCCAUUAAAACCACUCCAUAGCAUCUGUUGAGCUGUAUGUGUCAGGCACUGUGCUAAGUGUUUUACCUAUGCUCUCUCACAUAAUCUUUAUAGCAUCUUUAUGACUAGACUGCCUUCUUAUUCUCAUUUUUACUCAUGAAGAGUCUGAAACAGUAAAGCUAUUUACUUGCCCAAGCUUACACAAAUUGUUAGUAAAUAUACUUGAACCCCGAUAUACCUGUCUGACUGUGAAGUUCGUGGUUUUAACACCACACUGGAUUAUUAUAAAGAGAUUGGAAAAAGAAAAUGGACAUUAGUUUUACUUAUUAUAGAAUUCCAGGCUCUGUCUAUGAAUUGAGUCCUCUUCACCUAUUCCAAUCUCUGUUGAUUGAUUGUAAAAGCCCAUGUAGCAUUUUUUAAAAAUUUUUUCCCAUGUUGUAUGGAAUAAAUACGUCAGUACUGAAAUGCCUAGGAAUUUUAAAUUCCUCAUGUGGUCUAAAGGGGAAAAGUUAUUUGUUUUUAAGAUUAACUUCUUUUGAGAUUAUUGCUGUCCAUAUUCAGUUUUCAAGUACUGAAUCUAAUUAGAGAUUUGUGCAUUGAUAUAACAGCUGUUUCCUUUCAUACUCUGUAGAUUAUGUAUCUGCCUUAACAGGAGGCUUAGAAUGUAUCAUAAUCAUCUAUAUUCUUAAUAAUGGUAAAAUGUUGUAUUCAGAGAAUUUCUUUAACAUUGUAUCAACCUAAAUGCUUCUUUUAUUAAAUUUGGAUUAACCUACUUGCAGAUUUGAUUUCUUUUCCAGUUAUUUGAAUAUAUUUUUUCAUUUCUAUGACAAUAUUACAGUUAAAAUAUAUAAGCAGUAAAUAUUAUAGUUUAAAAGUCUUGGUCUUUUUCCUUAAUUUUCUAAGCCAUAGAAAUUUUAAUAAGGCUGAUGGUUUAUUUCAUUUUAUAAGUUGUAUUUUCCCUACUAACAGAGCCAACAAAUAAAUAUUAAAAGGAA